UCCGUUUUUCAUUAACGCCGUCAUGCGACACCCGAGGUCUGGCCCGGGGCUCCUAUAUAAUCGAUUUAACGGUAUCCGUUGUCUCCGCGACGAACGGAGAACCGAGCAGUAGCGGACACAGCGGCGGAGGAGGAGGACAAAGAGAUAAAGCCGGGGAGAAAAAGAUUCGAGGGCUAAGGAAUCGGAGAAAUCUAGUUCCGAUCCGAAUCCCCUGCAGGAAAUCGAGCUUUUCUGAGAUCCAGGGGCGUCGACUGGGCUUGAUUGGGAAGUAAAAUUAGGCCAUGCCUACAUAUGAAGAGUCAGAGCACAAUGUUAUUCACUUUUCCCAUGACAAUGUCAAGUGCACGGACUAUCAAUCAUCCAAAUCAUCUGAAACUUCCAUGUCUCAUGAAGCUAUAGAGGGAAGUCCUGAUCGAAAAGCUUAUGUUAGGAUUGUAAAUUCAGAAUAUGGAGAAAAGGAAGGCAGUGUAGCUUCUCCUAUUGGAGCCUCUGUGUCUCCACAUGAAAAUUUUCUGCAGGAAAAUGAAGUAGCAAAUAUGGAAAAUCUUAGUCUGGAAGAGGGGUCUCUGAAAGAGAAGUUGAACAGUGUAGCCGAAAGAUCAAUUCAGAAUAUAAGUUUGGACCCUUCUUCCCAGUUGACUGCUAAAGCUGAUUAUCACAGUGUACGUUCCAAUCACACUGUUUCUCAGCCCUUUUCCAUUGCUACUGAGAAGCGUGCUUGUUCAAGUGAGCAGAAAAAGCUUGCAAAUUUGAAUCAUGACGAGUCACCAAAUCAUGUAAAGAAGGCUCAGGCUAAAUCAUAUAUUGAUUCAAGGAAACCCCUUCAGCCUGAGAACACAAAGCAUAUUGAUGAAGAGGAUGCUUGCUCUCUUGCUUCAUCGACUUCGGCUUCUUUGAGAGCAUUUAAAAGUAGAAUCACAGUUGCAUCUACGCCUACUUUCAGAUGCAGUGAGCGUGCUGAAAAGCGCAAAGAGUUCUACUCAAAAUUAGAGCAAAAGCAUCAGGCACUUGAAGCAGAGAGGAACGAAUUUGAAGCCAGAAAAAAGGAGGAACAAGAGGCAGCUUUGAAACAGCUUAGGAGGAAUAUGAAUUUCAAAGCUACACCUAUGCCAAACUUCUACCAUGAGGGUCCCCCACCUAAGGCUGAACUUAAGAAGGUUCCACCAACUCGCGCAAAAUCGCCGAAGCUUGGUCGAAGGAAGAGCUGUGGUGAUUCCUUAAAUUCUUCCCCUGCCGAUGGCAACAACAAAGUUACUGUCCGUGUUAAUCGUCACAGCUUGGAUAGUAGUAAAGAUGGCAGUAAAUCAGGAAGCUUCAAGAAGAGAACUCCAUGGAAAGUUGAAGAAGAAAAGCAACAAGGGAAUGUAGUAACUAUCCAGGAAACUACUGAGGCAAUUGUGCACUCUUGAACUGUGAGUUCUCACUAGCGAUAAUUUCUCCUUUUACAGAUCUGAACUAAAUACCAAUGUGUGCUUGAUUGCAUGAUGGCUGUAAAUCUUGUAGUUAAUCGUAAGGUGCACGUAACUGAGCACCAAUGACUUGCCAGUUUGUUUCCCUCUCUAAGAACUGUUAUUGUCGUUGUCGUUGUUGUUGUUGUUACUGUUAUAUUCUUGAUAUUACCGUUGGAUUUGUAACCUUUUUACCAAACUGAUCUUUGAAACCAAAGGACCGUUAAAUCUUUUGGUGAAAUUGUGAGUCAAAUUUCAUUCA